CCAUGUUGACCUAUUUAAAGUGUGCCACGUUCCCAGGUUGUCAUCUCUUAAGUCACUGCUGCUGGGUAAUGCAAGGGAAUUGACGCAUUACAAAAGGUAACUUUUAACAGAAACUUUCACAAAAUGAAUCUUUUCAAGUAUUUGCCGACUUUUAUGCUCGCUGUUUUAGCUCUUGCAUCUGAGGAGAAAGUCGAAGAACAAGAGGAGCUCCAAGUUGAGACAGUUUUUAAACCCGAAGAAUGCGAGAGGAAGGCAAAACCCGGUGACAUGCUUUCUAUGCACUAUACUGGCACACUUAAAACAGAUGGUUCCAAGUUUGAUUCCAGCCAUGACAGAAAUGAGCCUUUUAAGUUCCAGUUAGGAGCAGGUCAGGUGAUCCAGGGCUGGGAUCGUGGUCUCACAGAUAUCUGCAUUGGGGAGAAAAGGAAGCUGGUUGUGCCAUCAAGAUUGGGCUAUGGAGACCAGGGAGCAGGUGACAAAAUUCCAGGAGGAGCCACUUUAAUGUUUGAUGUAGAGUGUGUUGGUAUUGAGGACGGACCAAAACCACAGAACAUCUUCAAGGAUAUUGAUGAAAACAAAGAUAACAAGCUUUCCCCUGAUGAGGUUUCUGAUUUCAUCAAGAAACAAAUGGCAGAGACCGGUAGUGAGAUGCCAGGAGAGAAGGAGCAUAAUGACAUGGUGGCAGACAUCUUUAAACAUGAAGACAAGGACAGGGAUGGUGUUAUAUCAUUUGAGGAAUUUAGUGGACCAAAACACGAUGAACUUUAAUGCCUUUAAGCUGUGAUAAAUCUGAGUAGAAAUUAUGUUGAAUUUUUAGCGGAAUUGAAAUUGGCAUAUGUUUUACUGCAGUUAUACUUAAAUGAACUGUUCUCAAAAUUGUGAAAUAUAUCAAGCUGUAUUUCUGGUUCAUAUUCAGUUUUCUUAAUAAUUUUGCCAAUUAAAACAUCAAGAUCUAGUGGUUUGCAGUAACAUUGGUGAAUAGAAUUCAAAAUUAACAAGUGUGCUGCUGAUCGAGACAUUUGUUUACUGUAAUAAUAAUCUCAAUUUUAAA